CUGUACGUCUGUAAAUAAAUAUUAUAUUUGCCCAAUGUAAAUAAUGUGGUAACAAAGAUUAUUAAACAUUUGUUGUUGAAUAUGCCUUACUACUGUGUUCUCUGCAAAAAAGAGCCAAUACCCGCAGAUAAAAGUCGCAGUUUUCAUAAGUUUCCAGAUGAUGAUGGUUUAAGACAGAAAUGGAUGGCUUUUGCUGGAAUAAGUUCUAUAACCAAGUAUACAAAACUUUGUAGUGAUCACUUUGCUACGAGUGCCUAUGAAGACUUUGAUGGAAGUAAAAUUAAAAGAUCUUUACGGAAAUCUGCGGUCCCUUGCAAAUUUGUAUCAACAGAUCAAGCUCAAAGUGUUAACUACUCAGUCACAAAAGAUCAAACACAACUGAAUUUACAAAAACAGUCAUGUGUCAGUAAUGUUUCUGUAAAUACUGUAGUUAAUGUGCUACCCUCUAUCAACAAUGAUUUGCCUGCAAAUACUAGUAGAGCAUUUGGUGAAAAUAAGCAAGAUCUGUGUCAACCUCUCAGUCAUCGUACAUCAAAUUCAUCUGUGGCUGUGGAUUUGAAUACGAGUAAAAUUUUUUCCACAAAUUCAUCUGUCGCUGUAAAUUUGGGUACAAGCAGUAAUCUGUCAAAAAGCCAUUGUGAUAACAUUUCAAGAAAUAAUUUUUCAACUCAAGUGUUGCAAGAGCAAAUUACACAGCAAACUGUGUUUAAUAAUACACAGUUUAAUGAUAAUCGUACAAAUCUCAAAAG